AUGUCAGCGGAGGAGGCCGCGGUGAGGAUGCAAGCGGCGGCGCGCGGGUUCCUGGCGAGGAAGUCUGUGCGGGCGGUGCGUGAGGUGCAGUGGGAGGCGGAGCAAGUCCGGGUGAAGAUGGUGUCAGAGGCGGAGGCCCUAGUCGCAGACCCCAGGGCGAGCGUCGCCGUCGGGAAGGCGCUGAUGAGGAUGCUGCUGCGGCUCGACGCGGUGCGCGGCGCGCGGGAGUACAGGCGGAGGGUCACGAAGCGGGUGCUCGCGCUGCAGGAUGCCGUCGACGCGCUCGAGACUAAGCCGGCGCCGGCGCCUGCUCCCGCGUUUGUGGGGAGGAGGCAGAGGCCAACGCACCGGAGGCGAUGGUUGCCGAGAUGGCGGAGGAGAGCGCGGUACCGCCGGAGCAGCUGGAUGGUGCGGAGCGCGGUAGUGAGAUGGAGAACAUCAAGAACGCGGUUCACGACCAUCCAGAUGGAUGUCGACAAAGCAAUAGCCGCCGGUGAGCCUGAAGCGAAAGCAGCAGAAGAAGAGGAAAAGGAAGUGGUGCCGGGUGAUGCCAAUGUUGAUGUCGACGAGCCGGAGGAUUGGGCCGCCGAGGGCGAGUGGGAGAUGGUGACUGAGGAAAACGAACACGCUGCACCCGUUGCAGCCACGUCCGACGACCCGGAGCCACCGCGCAAGGAACCGGCGUACCCGUUGGAGACCACGAGGACUGCAAGCGCUGGCGCUGCCUCCUAUGGCGUGGACGCGAGGAAGGUGAUGGAGAUGGUGGCGGCGCUGUGCGAGCAGAGCGCGAAGCAGUGUACGGUGAUCGGCGCGCUGGCCGAGCGUGUGGAUGCGCUGGAGCAUACCGUGCGGCGGAUGGAGGACGCUGAGAGCUGCCGCUGGUAA